UAGCAGGCCGUGGCGGAGAGCGCGUGCCAGCACACGCUGACUGAGGGCGAGGUGGCAGUGGGCGGCGGCGGCGCAACGUUCGACAGAGGCGACGUCAUGGAGACUGAGGCGAACGGCGUCCAUCCCGGGCCGGACCAGCCGACGCAGACCGACCCCGAGAAGGACGGACCGAAGGCAUGCCGAACCGACCGGCAGGAGGCAGCGCCCGACGCCGAGCCGCCGUUCGAGGCGGUGCUGGCGCUGUGCGACGGCGGCGGCCGCUGGCAGUGGCGCCUCCUGCUGCUGACCUCGGCCAUCGGCGCGCUCUCCGCCUUCCACAACGUCGGUAGUAUCUUCUUGGGCGCCACACCCGACUACUGGUGCCGGCCGGCGGAGAACAGCAGCCUUCCCGAAGCGGUGAACGCGUCAGAUGCCGUACAGCGCUUCGGUAGCUGCAGCCGCCCCGGUAACGACACAGAAGAACCGUGCCACGCGUGGCAGUUCGACACCAGCCAGUACCGCUCGACGAUCGUCACCGAGUGGUCGCUGGUGUGCGGUCGCCGCUGGCUCCUCUCCACCGUGCAGGCGUCCUUCAUGUUGGGCAAACUGCUUGGCUACCCGGUGCUGGGCGCGCUCAGCGAUCGGUUCGGCCGGCGUCGCGUAUCGCUCUACGGAAGUGCCGUCCAGCUGCUGGUGGCCAGCAGCGUGGCGCUGAGCCGACACUACGGCGUGUUCCUGGCGCUGCGGAUGCUGGUCGGCGCGCUGACUGGCAUCUUUAGCACGCUCUUCACGCUGACGGUGGAGGCGACGGGACCAAAGCUACGCGCCACCGCCGGCAUCCUCUUCGUGAUUCCGUACAACCUGGGCUUGAUGGCGUUGCCCGGUGUGGCGUACCUAGUGCGGGACUGGCGCUACCUGCAGCUGGCCAUCUCGCUGCCGUACGCGCUGGUGCUGGUCUACGUAUGGCUGCUACCCGAGUCGCCACGCUGGCUAGCCGAGCGCGGCCGGCACGCUGACGCGCUCGCCGUGCUCAAGCGGGCGGCUGCGGCUAACGGUCGCACGCUGCCCGAUGAUGAGCACAUGCUGGACCUGCUGAGGGCGUGCCACGACGGACAGCAGGCCGAAGGGGCCGGCUUCUGGGCGUGGCUGGGCGCCGCCUGCCCCGCCCACCACCUGCUGGGGACGCCGCUCAUGCGCCGCCGCAUGCUGGCAUCCAUUUGGGUGUUCGCCAUCACCAACGCCAUCUACUACGGCGUGCAGUUCGACUCGGCACAGCUCAGCCGCAGCCCGUACCUGGCCGUCUUCCUCUCCGGUCUGGUGGCAAUCCCAGUGAAAGUGGUCGGCGCCCCACUCAUUAACCGCCUGGGUCGCCGGCCCACCACCUGUGGCCUGCUGCUGCUCACGGCCCUGGCCAUCCUGGCAAUCCUGGCGGUGCCGGCCGCGCUCGCCUGGCCCAAGCUCCUGCUGGCCAUCACCGGCAAGAUGUUCAUCUCGGCCGUAUACAGCAUCGUGUACCUCUACGUGCUCGAGUUCACCCCGACGUCGCUACGCAACGGCGGCCUGGGGCUGGUGACGAUGGGCCGGCUCGGCUCCGUGGUCGCGCCGUAUGUGGUCGACCUGCUGGCGCCCGUGCACUGGUCGCUGCCCAGCUGCGUGUUCGGCGUGGCCGCCAUCACCGGCGUGCUGGUGGUACUUCUGCUGCCAGAGACGCGCGGCCGGCGGCUGCCCGAGACCAUCGAAGACGUCGAGACUCGACGAUGGGAGAAGCCCACCGACAAGAUGGAUGUCACCGAGUUAAGAGCGGUCCACGAGUAAUGCCAUCUGUGUGUGGACUGGAUCAUCGUCGGCGCUGCGUUGCCCGUGCCCAAUGCUAACGUGGGCAUAUUGGUGCAUGAUGUCAACCCUUUUGAGGCCUCCCGAAUAAACCUCGUGUUGGGCUUGGGCACGCAUGCAUUAGCGAAUUCCCAGGUAAAGUACCAAGAUGAAAACGGAAAUAACGUGCACAUAUAUGGCUAAAAGCUAAAGCUGUUCGGCUUCGAAAACGGUCAAUGUCAUAUCACAAUGAUAUUCAAUCCCUUGCACAAUGUGGAAAACAGAUCACAGGACAGCGCUAUCCGUUCUUUUACGUGCUGGGCUGACAACUCAUGUUCGUACGAUUAGAGGAUUGGGAACGCCUAGGCGGUCGCGGCCACUGAGC